AUGGAAGUGGUGGUGGUAGUAAUUGUGAUGGUGAUGGUGGCAGUUAUGAGUAGUGGCGGAAGUGGUGGGUGGUGUAGUGAUGGAGGUGGCAAUGGUGGUAGUAACGCUGGUGGUGGCGAAGGUGUUGGUGUUGGUGGCGGAGGUGAUGAUGGUGGUGGUGGCAGUGAUGGUAUGGUCACAAUACUGGUCGUAACGGUGGUGAUGUGUGGUGGUGGUCGUGGCGGAGGUGGUGAAAGAGGUGGUUGGGUAGUGGUGGCAGUGGUCGAAGGUGGUAGAGGCAACGGUACUAGUGGGUGGAGGGUGGUGAUAACGGAGGUACCAAUGGUGGUGAUGGUGGGUGGUAGUGGUGCCUAG